CAGCUCUUUAAUAUGUAUGAUGAGAGCUUCCUCUACGGCCAAUCACAUCUAUCUGAUCCCCCUCAUGUGGUGUCUAUGCUUCUCUCUCUAUAUAUAAAUAUAUGGGAGUUUAUACACAUGGGUGUAGGUGCAUUACGCCUGGUGCCUGAAUCUCUGCGCUUGAGAGUCUGCUAUAUAUAUAAACUGAUUUUUUAAAAUAUAUAUUUUAUUCAUUUGUUUAGUUUUUUUUUUUUAAAUAUAACUGGAACACUAUAUUAUAUACAAUUUUGGGGGCAAGAAACUUUGAAAUUACCAUUCCCCCCUCGUAAUAUCCAGCAGCGGGGUAACGAAGAUCAUAAAAAGAAAGACAAAACAAAACAACUUUUCUUCGUUCACUAUCACUGGUCAUGGCGUCUCGAUCAUAAGGAUUCAUGGACGCAAAACACCAAGUCAGAUGGGACAACGUUAUUUAAAGGUAAUAUAUAUCGUCUUAUGCCAAUUUUAUUCUAAUUCUAUUGUUUGCGCUUAAUGCUUUUUAAUUAAAAUUCACGUGGAUUCACUAAUCACUAGUAAAAUUAAGUAUGGAUCUAAGACAGGAGUGGUGAUUCUGCGCAAUUGGUACUUUCGAUAUCAAGAUCCACAGAGCUUUGGGUUGGAUUGCAUUAAAUUGGCCAUUUGAUUAACAAAAUAUUAGAGAAAAAAUUGGCGGAAUUGUUUAAUAUGAUUUGUUUUAUCAGAAAGUCUCUAUCUAUUUAUCCAUCUAUCUAUCUAUCCAUCCAUCCAUCUAUCUAUCUAUCCAUCUAUCUUUCUAUUGGUCUAAUUGUAAUUUGCUCAUAAUUGGGUGCUCAUGGGGAUAAUAUACAUUUUGAGUUCCAGACAGCUUUUGCAAUAUGUUGAUCACCAUGUUGGCCCAUAAAGGGUUAACCCCUUUGUCUGAAAACUUUAUCGAUCCUGUGUUUUGUUGGAGGGGGGAGGGUGUGUGUGUCUGUCUGUCACCCUGUCAAUAUAAGGCAGGGAUCCCCAGCUUUGAGCUAUGUAUUCAGUGGCCUUGGCCAGGCCGACGAGUACGCUAGGGCUUGCUAAUAUUGCUGAUAUCGCUUUGCUAUUUCUCUAAAUAUAACAAAUGUAAAAAAUAUACCAUUAUGGCAUCCCUGAAAUCCAUAAUAUUGCCUCUUUUUUUCUUGUACAAUAGAUUGUCUUUGGGUUUUUGUUUUUUUGGAGCGUGCUGACAGUCCAAGUUUGUAAGCCCCUCUGGCAUGCAAAGAGUUAAAUAACAGACGGCUAUUAGCAAAGCAACAUGUUGAUGUAGUUGUAACAGCGCGGCUAGGCUCGGAUUCCAUCCACAUUUGGACGGAUAGAUAGUUUGUUGAUCAUUUAAGUUUGGGAAACGGAACAUUCUAAAUGUUUAACCCUCUGUGCGCCGACGGUGUCGUUUCCCCUUACAGCAAUGCAAACAUACUGUGGUGAGCUAGCAGAUCUUCUUUUCUGCUUAAAGCGGCUUUAUGUUGGCAGGUGAGCUUACACUUUAAUGGCCAAUUGCAAAGGUGCUAAAAAUCUAUUUUAUUUAAACAUACAUAGAGAUUUGGAAUAGUGCACAAGUAACUUUUUCCUUCCUGUUAUUAAUUCACCUGUUCACGUUAAUGAGGAGGGCACACCUUCCCUUCCUUUCUGAACACAAAGAGUUAAUCCCCUGAAUCUUCCUGUAUGCUUUGACCUGAUGUUCUUUUCGAUUUUUUUUUUUUAUUAGAAUCUUGAAUUUGUUACUGGCCUCAGCUGGAAAGAAAUUUGUGACACGGAUGCAUUUAGUUCCACAACAGAACACAUUAUCACACUCCUAUGACCUGACCCCCUCCUCCAUCCCCAACCUCGCUCUGCCAUGUUAGAUUGGAUCUGUAGUGAAGGCAGCUAUAUAUUGAUGAUAGAGGAUGCUACGGCACAGUGACCCCCAUCACCCCAAUUUAUUUUAGAGUUUGUUUGAUUUUCUUUGAUAUAACCAGGAGACACCUAGCGAAAAAAAGAGGAAAAGUCACAAAACGCUCCCUGAAUGGAGCUAAUUAGCAAGAUUAGAGACUGGUACCCCACACUAACGAACUUUAAUUCUUUAGCACAUUUCAGCCUCUGUUAGAGCGAUCACUGACAUUCCGGGUAGUUGAAGACACUUUAAAUCCAUUAUAUAAUUAGCAGAUUGACCUGAAACACAUUGUAGAGUAACGAGUUAAUCGUUUACUAAAUUGGAGGAAGUGGAUUAAAGGACAGGGGCAAUUCAUGAAUGGACCACAGCUUACAAAACAUUUAAAAGGGUGCUUGGGAGUCCCUGUACAGAUUACUGUGAUCAACAUUAUCUUUUAGAAAUCAGCCAGUUGUACUAAAAGCCUUUAAAUUGACUGUGUAGCUGUGUCUUUUAGAGGAACUCUGUCUGUGAAAUGUCAGAGAAUUUGAAAACGUAUUAUUAAGUCUUUAUGAAAGUAUUUAUUUUAAUUUAUUUUUGUAAAUAUGUGUAUAGCAGAGUCAAUUAACUCAGAGCAAAAAAAAAAAAAAAGAAAGAAAUAUGAUUAGUUAUGGGGGGAAAAAAACAACAGUUCAAAUUUUUUAUGUAUUAACUCCCAUUUAAAAAUGUAGAAAAAGAAACAGAGAUUGCUUACAAAGCUAGAAUCAAAAAACAAAUUGCUUCUUUUUUGUAGUAAAAAAUAAAUUGAAUUCAAACUUUUAUCCACUUUGACACGAGAAACAAUGAAACUGGCACUUAAAUGUUUGAUAAGUAAUUAAUUUAAUAGUGUCUAAGCAGCCCGAACAUAUAGAAACUGCUUUUAAUACAUUGAAUGUAUACGUCCAUAUGUUGCUUUUCAGUGCGGAAGCAAAUGUCAGUGUUUGUUGUUGAAAUGGAUUUAACUGUUUGCUUACAACAAAACGGCAGUAUAACAACAAAACACAGACAAAAAAAAAACAAUCACAUAAAACAAUCACAAAUCGCAAACAUAAAAGGAUAUUUAGUUAGAAAGAACCACACACAUAUAUUAAAAACAACAUAUAUUACAUACAAUAAAUAACAUAAUAUUCUGAUGGAAAAUAUAAUAUCAUUAAUAAUAGCAAUGACAAAACACAUAACAAGUACAAACAGAAAUAAUGUUUAUAAUGCAUUAUACAUUAUAGUGUACAUUAUUACUGAUUACAUUUUUAUUUGUUUCAAAGCUGGUAUAUAAUUUAUAGUUUGUUUGUUUUGUAACCAAUUCCAGCUGUUAUCAUUUUGCUUAAAUAUUUAUAAACUAUUAAGAUAUUGCUCUAUUUAGCUGUGAAAGUACAGAUACAAAUAAAUGUAACUUUAUUUAAAAAAAACUGUACAAAAAAUGCUCUUAUAAUGCUGUUUUUUUUACUAAUGCAUUAUUAAGCGCAAAUGCUAUUUUCAACAAGUAGACAAAGUAUUUUUUUUUAAUUGGUAAAAUUCAGCUACUUAAUGCCCCCUCCACCUCUUUUUUUUUUUUUUUUUACUUCCCCGCGAAAAUAUAAUCUAGCCUUUGGUAUAUGAGAUUUCUCUCUGUUGUUCCGUUCCUCCAGUAUGCUUGGUUAGAAUAUAAUAUUUUCUGGCCUUCUGCACAUUUCAUUAAACUAUAAACUUGUAUAAUGCGGCCCUUGUGAGCAACAUAACUGCUUAUAAUCGAGAAAUCAGCAAACAUAAGCUCGUCGCCUCUUAAAUAUUUGUUUCACAAUACCCACGAGUUGUAUACUGGUAAAGAGAGGCAGAACAACAAUGCCCAGGGUAGUUAUAUUGAUCAUAUCCAUACAUCUUUGAAGAUUCUAGUUGGGGAUCUUCAAACGGCACUAAUGGGCAAAGAAUCGCAUCAAAGACAAUGAGAAGUUUGGAACUUUAUAGCCAAUUUGUCACAAACGAGCCUUGGAAUAGAACUGGCUUACUCAAUAUUUAAGUACAUCCAGUCCACAUAGUCUUCUUUCGUAUCAGCUUUUUCGUAAUAAAUCAGAAUAAAAAUGAUCUUGUACUCCCAUACCGUCCUAUAUAUUCCCCAAUGAAAAUAAUAAGAUAUGUUCUUUUUUUAUAUUAUUUUAUUCGUAGACGUUGAUAAUAGCAAAAUAACUAUAUAGUCCAAACCUUAGCUACGCCACAAGGGAUGAAUCGUAAAGUAAAGAGGAAAAGUUUAGACGAUCUGGUGUGUUCGAUAUGAUUUAUGAAACAAGAUAGAGUUUGUCUCGUAUGUUAAUUAAACUACUGCCUGCUAAACUUUCCCUGAAGGUUAAAGUUAAACUUGCUUUAGUUUCAUAAAUUUAUAGAAAUCAGGUAUAAUUCUAAAAGCUUUCUGGUGACAAAACUGAUACAAAAAAACAUAUUUAUUAACAAUGCAGAUUCUCAAAAAUAUACAACUUUUUUUCUUGCGGAUAAAUACAUUGAAGAUCUGUUUUUGAGGAUUUACCCUAGUAUUUGGUAAAAAAAUCUUUCAUGCUGUCUUGUAUAUUAUUCUUUACCAGUUUGCUAAUACAAUGCACAUAGCUACUAAAUAUGUGUUUUACACACCUUAGACAGCUACUACAUUUAUGUUGUACACACCUUAGACAGCUACUACAUUUAUGUUUUACACACCUUAGACAGCUACUACAUUUAUGUUGUACACACCUUGGACAAAGUUGUUUAAAUGGCUGUUAUUAUUUUUUCAAUAUAUAUUUAUUACUUUUGUGCAUAAAAUUUUGUAAAACAUGUUAAACCUUUGGCAUGUAAUAAGCACAAUUGUGCAUAUGUGUGUGUAAAUAUCCACAAAUGCACACCUGUGUGUUUUUAUGUUGUGUUCAUAUAUGUGUGUGUGCGUGUUUGUCUGUGUCAGGCAUGCUAUUAUCUGUUGUCGAGAGUUGAUGUAUUGUGUGUUAUGUAGACAAAAUGAUAUAAUGUAUUUUUCACAUCACCCUUCUCAGUAGCUCUGGAAUCCAAUCUAUAAGAUUACAUUACUGGUUAGCAAUGAAAUCCAGAAAUCCAAGGCACCUGGCAAACCUAAUCAGAUGAAUUCUCAGGCCUUAGUACAGAGAGGGGACAUUUUAAUCCAGUUUCCCUCAUGACAAUAGGUGUUCCCAUUUAUCAUGUCUUCCCCUCCACCCACACCCAUGUUGCUGUGGACUAGCAAGGAAACAGAGAGAGAUGACAUAUGUGUUCUCUCUGGGAUAAUUCACUUGCCAUGAGUAGCUCUUGUGUUAAAUCGCAAUGACAAUGCCUGAUUUGGAUCUGAUUAGCACAGAAUAGGGAACACAGGGGCAUUCUUAAUCUCCCCGCGUCCCGCUACCUAGCUGGAUGUGACAGUUGUAACCUGCGUCUUUUUUGAGCCUUAAAAUACGUGCUCAUAAGCUAAUCUGCUAAUUCUUCAUGUAGCAUCUUGCCUGCAGAGCUUACGUUCUAAUGCUGAAAUCCAGGACUGGCUAAGCAUCAUGGUUAUAAAGCACUUGAAACCCCUAGGUUAGGUAUCUCUGGUCUAGAAAAAAAAACGUUAUACGUGAACAGACUUCUUCCUGAAGUCAUGGGUAUGAUUGCUGUAGGGAUUUAACCAGACAGAUAAAUUUGAAUAGAGGUAUCUGGGAUACCGAGCUUGUCAUUGCUCUUGAAAUAUGGCUGUCUUACCCCAGUGACCAAUUUAAUUCAGCUGAUCUGCCCCCCUGGGGUUUACUCACUAAACUUGGAAUUGUAGUGAAAUAAAAUAUGAAACUGUGAAAUUUAAAAGAAAAUAUUCAAGCAUUGACUUUCUUUCAAAUGGUGGAUUUUUCCAUAUCGUUUUGUCCUAAAUGUUGCCCUUCAAAUUUGGAUUCUCUAUCAUUUAGCGUUUAGUGAAUAAACCCCAAUGUGUUUGUACACUCUAAAUAUGAAAGGAUGAUCCUUGCCAACUAAGGUACAUGCCGAUUUAAUAUCAUGGAUUUAACAUUUCUUAGUUAAACGUUGUCCCCAGAGCUACUGUACAGAGUCGAGGUUAAAUAAGAACUAAAUCACUGAACAUUUCCUCAAGGUACUUUUAACUCCCAUCAAGCACAGACAGCAGGGAAAAGUGUUAACUCUGUGAGUUUAACCCAAUUUCAUACGUAGAUUUUAAACGCCUCUAUACUCUUGGUGGUAAAUGAGGACACAGAGCAGGCCAAAAGUUUCAUUGAACUAAUUGUGGGGGGACUUUUCAAGUUUGCAAACCCCUUAAUUACAGGGAUUCCUGGUAAUGCGUGGAUAAGUGGACAGGUGGAAGGGCACUGCAAAUAGCGUGACAAUUAUAAUAAUGAUGGCAAUUAUGGCGAUAAAAUCAAUGAAUGAAGCGUGUGUUUAGUUUUCGCUAAUUCUCCAAUACAGUCUAGAAUCCAGAUUUUAUCAUUACCCAACUUAAUCUUACUGCUUUCAUUAACCUUGGAGGGUAAAUGACUACGUUUAGAAUCAAAACUACAACUGUGAGAUCAUAACUACAGAGCUCAUUAGCCACACAACAAUUUUUUAUUUAUUUAUAAUGUUGCAUAACAUUCUAACACAGAGUUACAGGACAGGAUGCUUCUCUGAGAGUGAUACAGAUAGUACUAUACCACAGGUAGUAUUGCAUCUUAAGCAUCAUAGUUUACAGCCAUGUACCACUAUUAUUUGUGAUAUUACGCCGAAAUCAGCAUUCGUUUUCAAAUAACAAAAAGUUCCGAAGUUAAACUUGUUCCGAAUACUCUUUGGAUUUGUGAAUAGCACAUCAACGGAUACUUAAAUCACCUGAAACAACUGUACUGAAUUUACUCUCUAAAUCAGUUCUAUUUAUUUUUUACGAAGGGAUAUUUAAUGCCAAGCUAGGUAUAUUAGAAAUGAGUUACCAGGUCAACUACAAUUCCAGUUUAGUCUAAAAUUGGCAAAUCCCUUGUCAAGUCUUCCUGAUUCAAAGUUAAGUGAGUGAACCCAAAAAGUCAUGUAUUAAGAUGUUUUACUGCCCCUGGCUACCAGGAUCUGACAAGAGCUUACAAUCUACAUGGAAAAGGUUGAGUGCAAUUAUAGACCUUAUAUGUUAAAGUAGAGCUGUCUAUUCUCUAGAAAUUACACCAUUUAAUAAAACAUUGAAAAUUAUCGAUAAUUCGAUAAUCGAUGAUUAUGUUCUGUUUUCUUUGAAACAUUUAUUAAAGAUUUAGUAAUUGAAUCACAAUCGAGUUUAGUCAAGGCAUAGCUACGGCACACAUUGCAAUGGAAGACAUGGCUUCUGGCAUCCCUUCUCUCCAUUUCUCUUGACUGACAGGUGCAAAGGACAGAACUUAUAACAAUGAAUGACAUUGAGUCGAAAUGGAUGAGCUCAGUUCCUAUAUGAGGCCGUAUGGACUUUCACAUGUAAUUUUAUUUUUCAGACCUAACAAACACAUUUUUGUUAAGUAAGGGGGACAUGUAAACAUCUCCUAAAUUCCGCUAAAACCUGAAUUGAAGUAAGCUGAAAUAUAGACAAACGCUUUUAUUCUUAAAUAGCUAAGCUACUAUUGCGGUAGCUGAGUUUGCGAAUUUUUCAAGUUCGAUGGUUUUACCCUAAAUUUUGCCAUUCGGUGUUCAAUUUGUUGCAAUCUGGAGGUUAGCGAUUAAACGCUAAUGUAUUAAAAUCCUGAGUAGUGAUUGUUCCCCUUUAAACACUUAGCUCUUAAAGGGUUAAGUGAUUUGGUGCUGCAGUUGUAACAGGAAAAAGCAUUUUUUGGGGAUUUUCCAAAGUCCUACGGAGACACCCACAGAGCUCAAACCUAUUCAGAGAGGAUACACAAAGCUUUUGGGUUGGGCUCCAUAUGUUUCGGGUGCUAGAGUCAGUGACAUACUGGCUAAUUUAAUAUACACCCCCUCCAGACCCCAUGCACUCUCUCCCCCUCCUCCUCCUCUGAUCCUCCCUCCCUCUGUCUCUCCUUCCCAUCCAUUUACCACCUGUCCUCUCUCAGGAGACCCCCGAGAGAAAAAUGCUUUUUCAUUUACAUCUAUAUUUAUGAAAUGUGCUGUUUUUCCCCCCAAGGCUCCUGGUCACAGCCCUGGGUGCUUUAUUUUACUUCCCCCAUUUGUACUACCUGUCAGUUCCACUUAGUUUGAGGGAGCGAGAUAUGUUCCGCACAAGAUAUCAUUGUCAGGAAGACGAGUUUAAUUUCUUCGUCAAAUUUCCACUCUCUGUCCAGUCUAUUCUUUAGUGCUUUUUUAUGUAUGUGUUAGUCUUUUUUUUUUUUUCCAUUACAAUUUUACAUUUUUACUUCUCAUUAUGAUUUUUAUAAAGAAUAUUUUCUCUACAUUUUUGUAUUAAUUCAGAAAUGACGCAGGUAAUAUGCAAGGCAGAGCACUAACCACCAAAAGGAAUAUUUUAUUAAUCACUGACACAUUUAAACUCUCUGUUUUUAAUUUGUAAUUUUUUUUUAUUAUUUAUUAUUAUUUUUGCUUUUAAAAAAAAACAAAAAAAAACAGUUCCUAAGCUUUUAAUAAUUUGUAUGCAUAUUUUUAUGCCUGCUUUCACAAAACUUGCACUUCUUGUCCCUGAGUCCUACACCAGUUAUACAUGUACACCUAGGGAUGGAUUUACCCUCCUUUCUACCCCAAGGCCAGUUUCCUCCAUGCUACCCAUAUAUAUAUAUAUAUAUAUAUAUAUAUAUACACGCACAAAGUUGGAUUAUUCAAUUAGACAUGUUACUGUGCCUAGUAUUAGUAGUGUGAUUGACUGGUGAAUAUGACUAGUUUGGUGGUCAGAUAAUAAGUGGGACAGGGCUGGAAGUUUGUGUGUGUGUGUGUGUGUGUGUGUGCAUGUGUGUGCAUGUGUGUGGAGGCUCCUUGUGGUCUUGUAUGUUAGUGGGAAUGCUGCUUGUCGGGUCGCAUUUGUGGAGUGGUCGCUUGUUGUGUUACAUCUUUGAGGGUAGGCUGCUUGUGGAGUUACUUGUUUUUGGAAAUGUUGAUUGUGGCGUUGUGUUGGGGGCGAUGGCAUGCUUGUAGGAUUGCAUGUGUGGGAGGGUGGUUGUUGUUGGAUUGUGUGUGUGGAUAGGGCUGUAUGCGAUGUAGUAUGUGUGUGUACAUGUAAAGUAUGUGGAUAGGGGCUGUAGUGUAUGGAUAGGAUUUGUAGUGUGUACGCGUUUAGAGGAUAGUGGCUUGUAUAUUUGGGGAUAUUGAGGCAGUAGGGAGCAUUUGGUAAGGUAGGCAAAGUUAGGUGAUUUUCAAUGUUUUAUUUAAUGCCACAAUUUCUAGAUAAACAGCAAUUAUGGAAACAAGACUAUAAAUAACAUGUCAAUAGCCAAUCAGAAUCUACGAUGGACUUAGUAGUUUCCAAACUUCUAUUAAGCAGAAAUCUGAAAAAACUACUUUAUGAUGCUCUGUACCCACCAUUCCUAAAGUUAUAUAGUCAUCUUUCUAUUCACUCUUAAUAAAAAACAAAACAAAAUUAUUUACUGGCUUAAUAUUGAUUAACACAUGUUGCCUAUACAUUAUUAAGGAAUAUUUUCAUCAUUCUUUUCUGUUUUUGUUUUUUUUCAGGGGUAAUGCCACAAGAACAAAACAUAUAUAAACGGAUAAGCAAGUAAAGCAUCCUGUCAUCACAUAUUAAAAAAGCUUCACACUCUCUUGCCAACCGAACCGUAAAGGUCACCUGCAAAACUCAUCUUGUAUGAUCUCGCAGGGUCUGUUGAUGACACCCGAGUACCCAUUGUAUUUCCGUAUACUUUCAAAGCACUUUAUUUAUAGAUCUGGGACAGCUGCAUAGCCCAGAAGAGAAUCUAUUAGAAAAUCACAUUAGAGGAAUGAUGUUAAAUUCGGAGCAGACGGAAAUCCCUGCACAUUCAGAGACUGAAUCUGUCUUCAGUGAUUGCGGUGGCAAUGGAAGUCUUAAUGAUUCAGGAGUUAUCAGCUUGUGUGGAGAAACACGGAUUUGUGAUGGCAAUGAUGUGGUGAAACGUGAGCUUCAGCACUUAAGUCGUGAGGAAAGGCGUCGGCGGAGGAGAGCCACAGCCAAAUACCGUACAGCACAUGCAACUCGAGAGCGCAUCCGAGUGGAGGCAUUCAACUUGGCUUUUGCGGAACUCCGCAAGCUACUCCCAACUUUGCCACCAGACAAGAAACUGUCCAAAAUUGAGAUCCUUCGAUUGGCCAUUUGCUACAUCUCAUAUCUCAACCAUGUUCUAGAUGUGUGAGACCUGAGAGGGGCGGUAAAUGGGAUUGAUUCUAAUCAGUUCCUUUUUAACUAAAGUGCUGCUUCUUUCAGCUAUGAACUAGAUCUUCUGGACAGUGAACAAUUACAGUGGGACUAAAUCUUUCUGUCGUUGACUUUUGUAGUCUCCCACCUAGAAUGUAAAGAUCCUGGUCCAUCAUAAACUGUCCAACUUGGCUGUUCCAAUGUUCUUCCAAGUCUGAUGAUGACCGGAAGAGACUUGCUUUCAUUGGAUUAAUUGGCACUUGUUGCAGUGAAAUAUUACUAAUUUAAUUCACCUAUUGUGACAUUCCCAAAUUCACUCCAUAAAAGCUUCAACGUUCCAUCACAAUUUAGACCCCAAGACCCCAAAGAGAACCCUACGGGAGUAUUUAGAGUUUGACUAGAGAAUUAACCCACUGCACAUGGUCUUCUCCUAAAUUAGAAGUAGGACCUAGUCAUGUCUAAAUUGCACUUCUACAUUAUAACAAAGUAUGGGAAUUACUAAAACUGUAAGCGGCAAAGACUGGCAAAAUGUGCCUUCACCAACUUUAUUUCACCUGCCCACAGGAUGCCACGAAGACCCUGGCAUGUCUAUCAACCUCUGGACAGGUCCGAUGCACAAUUUACAUUGAGGAUUAUGUGACAAGCCAAUUAUAUCUAGAUUAACAAAGACAAAGUUUCAGACUGUAUCCACUUAAUAGCUGAGGUUGUUAUUGUAUAGACUGUUGAUAACGAGGCUGGUUUUGUGUCUGUGCUGGCUAUUCGAUAUACCUGAGAUGGGUAACUCUCUGGAACUGCAGAUGUCUGUAAACUCUAUAUCUCAAAAUUCACGGGUCACAUACCUACAGUGGGACGGUUAGCCACCCCUAUACUGUACUGUUCUAAAUAUAAGAAACAACACAACAUACUAUAAACCUGUAAUGCCCACCUUACAAUACAGUGUCUUUAAAAAGGAUUGCUAAGAAUGUUAAGUAACAAAAUAACAAAGCCCUCACUGUGCCAAUACAGCACUGUUUGAAUGAUGGUUUUUUUGGAGUAGUGAAGGUUUAGAGGUACAUCACUCUACCACACGGUUACGAGAUACAUCACUGUUCCAAUACAGCACUGUUUGAAUGAUGUUUUUUUUGGAGUAGUGAAGGUUAAGAGGUACAUCACUCUACCACACGGUUACGAGAUACAUCACUGUUCCAAUACAGCACUGUUUGAAUUAUGUUUUUUUUGGAGUAGUGAUGGUUAAGAGGUACAUCACUCUACCACACGGUUACGAGAUACAUCACUGUUCCAAUACAGCACUGUUUGAAUGAUGUUUUUUUAUGGAGUAGUAAAGGUUUAGAGGUACAUCACUCUACCACACGGUUACGAGAUACAUCACUGUGUUCCCUCAUUAGGCAUCCCCUAACUCCAGUGUCCAUGUUUAUUGUUAGUUAAAUAUUAAGGUACAUUACAGGGUACACAUACAUUUAAAAAGUUAUGGACGGUAGCUCCUAGUACUAUUGACCAGAUAACAUAUUGCUCAAUGUGAUCAAAGUUAGUGUACAGAUCCUCAGGUGCCCAUAUUUAGAUCAUUACAUUAUCCGUAUGUACAACAGGAAACCCAGUCACCCUAGAUACCGCAGACUUUAACUACCGUGUCUAAAUCAGAGUGAUGGGAAUUACAGUUCAUUGCAAUCCAGCAUCAACAGUUAUGUUAGGGAACUAUUCACAGGGGAUAGAGUGUGUGUGUCUGUACCGUAGCACCUUAAGGUACAGUGCAGAGUACCCCUCUGCACUCUACAUUGUAAUGAAGCAUCAUUGUGCUUAGCACUGUACAUGUGCCAUUCUGUAAUGAAUGCAGUACCAUAGCUCCCUUUUAAACUAGCAGGAUUUCAAGAGUGAAUUGUAGGUUUAUUCUUCCUGUAUUAUCUGUAUGAAAGCCUCCAUUACUGGGCUUUUCUAAAACAUGUCCAGUAAAGACUUGGUCUCUAACCUCUUCUAUACCAUUAGCGUGGACCCAAUCCAUUAUCUUAAUGUAGAUGAACACAGCUGAAGGUGAUUGACACAUGAAAUGCUAGCAGUAAGUGGUUUAAGACUGCCGUAUACAAGUCCUUUCCCUCUUGUAUAUUUAAAAAAAAAAAAAUAAGAAUGUGCACUUUUCUUUUCCUAAAAAAAACAAACAAUAUAUAUUUUAUUAGUUUUUGGUCUGCUGAAAAAAAAUAUCCUAGUUCUUAAUUGUCUUUUUUUCUAAUUAUGCCAAUAGCAAAUGGGAUUCUUCAACGGGAUGUAAUUCAAAAACACAGGUAAUUUUUGUAGUAUUACAACUCAAUAAUAAUACGGUCUACACCCUUUCGCCCCACCUCCGCAUACUAUAGUAAGGCAAGGGGAAACAUUUUGGUUUAUUAACAUCUACAAAUUUCACUAUUCAAACUUUUCAGAGGAGCCCACGGAUCAUUAAGCAGAUAAAAUUAAGUUACCGAACACGAAUAUAGAAAUAGUAUUGUACAUUACUUGCACACGUGACGUCCAAUGCUUUGAUUGAGAUCUAUAGACCUUGGUAUAUUUAGCAUAGUUUGCUUGUAUAUAUAGUUACAUUAUUAAAAAAAAAAAUAAGCAUCAGCAGUGCACAUAACGAGAAGAGAUACAUUAAAAUUAUCUUCUCGAUUCACUGCCAUUCAUUUUCUAUAGAUCGUAGUGAAAAAUAGCCUCACCUAACGAUGACUGUCGUUAUUUGAACUGUUACCAAAACACGAGUAACUAUUUUAAUUACAAUACUUGGUGUAAAACUGUAAGGCACGGGACUAAAACUAAUUUAGUUACCGAUCUUCUCAAUUGUGAAGGAAAAUAGAAUUGUAUAUACAUUGUACUGUAUGUUGAGAGAUACACAACUUGUUCAAGGUGCUGUGAAUUCUCAAUAUGAGUCAGUAAAGGGGCCAAAUGAAACUUCAAAUUUUAGGACAACAUAGCUAAAUGAUUUACUUGGAAAAUGCUUCCAAUUUGUCUAAAUUGACCUAAUAUUUGCACUUAGUUUAUCGAAUAAAACCCAUAGUUUUUAAAAACUACUCCCUAAAUCUUCUGAUGUUAGAGAAUUUUACCAUUACGACUUUUUUUAACCUAGACAUCGAAUGUUGGUUGCAGACUCUCCACGACUCAAAGGGUCCAUAAUUUAAAGUAAACAAUUAUAGAAAGUUUAUAACAAGUUUAUAACAAGUUUGCAACACUUACAAAGUUUUUUUUUACUAAAGUGAAAAUCAAUGGUAAUUAUUAUUAUUAUUAUUAUUGUUUUUAUUUAUAAAGCCCCAACAAAUUUCACAGCGUGAAUUUUACAAUUUAGGCCAGAAUAGUCAAAUAAAAAAAAUUAUUCAAGUCAGGUGUUUUUCAGCUUGAAGUUUGGCUUGAAGUUUUGACAUAAAUGUCACUUUAAGUUUCCAGCAAUCCUCACUUUGGUGUAUAAACCAGUAAAUAAUACAUUACAAAGAAAUUAAAAUAUGUAUUCUGAUGGAUAUAUAUUCCCAUUACUACAGAAAAGGAUUAACAUCUCACUGGGCCCUAGGCAGUAAACCGGUUUGAAGCCCCUCUUGAUUCUUCACAUAGGGAUGGUGACUAGGACCAAGCAAAUUCAUGGUUCUUGGGUCCCCUACUUGACUCCUGGGCCCAGGCUGCUUAAAGUCGCCUUAUGGUUAAUCCUGCUCUAGAUAUACAAUCUAUGUCCGGAAAUCACUUCAUCGUAAUAUUUUAUUUAUUAAUAUUUUUCUUUCACACGAAAAAUAUAUUAAAAAAAAAAUGUCAUGCACAGUUUCUUUUUUUUAAAUUAAAUUAAAUUAAAUAAAAUUGUGGUUUUUAAGUGGCUAAAUAUGGAUGCUAAGUAUAAAAUUGUAUCUGAUUUUCUAAUUGUUGCCCAUCGCCUUUCCCUUGAUGCCCACUGCCAUAAUUUAAUCUUCAAUGGUUUACGGGGUAUGUGUGCCAGGAACUAUUUAUUUAUUUAAUUUAUUUAUAUAAAUCGAUAUUUAUUUGCUGUGUUGUGCACUUUUUAUGGAUCUUAAAAAAAAAAACAAAAACAAAAAAACAAAUGUGAUAAUUAAAAAUAAAAAAAUUGCUAUGUUUACCGGCUUCAGUGCUAAGGAAAGAGAAGCUGCUUUUAACUCUUACCUCCGUUCGGCAGCCUAAAAACUCCUUUGUUCUGUAGAAAUAUGUAUGUCUACCUUUGAAUGAGUCCUGAAAACUUAAAUCUGUCCAUAUUUUCACUGUUUUCUGUGUUUAGAGUGAAUAUGAACUAUUUAUGAUUUCAUAAAAAAGACAAAAGGAUUUGAUUAAAAAUGAAAA